CAGGGAUUGUUGCACAUUGAGUAUUUAGGGACAGCAGAUGAGUACAAAGCAGAUGCCCUGUAUGCAAAUGCUCGGCAAAUGCUUGCACAGUAUCAACGCAAGAGGGCUCAAAAGGAAGAGGAGAUUAUGCCCAUCUUCUACUGGCCAAACCUGAAUUUGUCUCCUGACAGAGAAUUGGAGAUUUUGGCAAAGAUCCGAAACUACCUGAAAGAAGCUAAAUAUGAAGAUGCUAAUAUGGAGAGCCUGUUUCUGAUUUCGUUGACACAGCAGGGCAUGGAUUAUUACCAUAAUUAUGACCGUUUGUCACUUUCCAUUCAUAUUGCUCUUGGUUUUAUGGGCUGGAUAUUCCUCAUGAUCUGUCAUCUCUUAAGAGACCACAGCGCAGUUUUACGGAUGGCUGGAGGCACAAUAGAAGGAAGGAGAGUUUGGCGGUCAUCUGUUUUGAUGGGCUUAGUCCUAGUGGUUUGGGCUGUAACAAACCUCACUAAACUCAUUGGACAGCAAAAUCCAUGGCAACACUACCUGUACCUCAUGACUCCUAUUGGCUUGUGGGCUCUGGUUCACCAGAGCUGUGCUCCCUUGCGUGUCACAUGGUUACUUGUGUCUUCUUUCAACAUGGUGUGGGAAGUCGCCAUCCGUAUCCUCUUUAUCAUUAUUGGAAUUGAGAUCUUGGUGAUGGCCUUCUUUGUCAGACCAUUUCUCUCUGUGGGUCUUAUAUGUAUUGGACUUUGGCCUGUGAUCAUGUACUCCAUGCAGGGUGUGGUAGAGAAGUCCAUGCGUCUCGUGUGGAUUGGAGCGAGUAUACUCCUGGCCUCCUUUACUUACAUGCCAGUGGUGGGCAAGGAGCCAUUCUAUCCAAUGGUAGAAGUGGCUGGCUUAUUAGCAUUUUCACUUGGAGGAGUUGGCAUAUAUUGGUGUGGUGGUGAAGGUGGCCUGCCUCGACACAUUUCCUCAGUUGUCUAUGUCCAAGGGCUAAUGGUUGUGGGCUCAGUUUAUCUUGUCCAUACAACAGCAUAUAGCAUCAAGCAAAAGGAAGGACUGCCACCCCUCAAUCAGUUGGCAGCCUGGUGUGUUCUAGGAAAUACAGCAGUUGACAUAUCCCCCAUUAAGUGUAUUACCAGAGUUUGCUUCACAGUAGGAGUUAAAAAAAAUGCCCCCAUUGAAAAUCAAAUGAGAGUGAUUACAUCACAAAACUUCCAAUAUAUGCCCAAUCCCCAGUGA